GGAAUUAUUGCUGUUAGCCCUGCUUUAGGGCUAGCGGAGAUCGAAUUAGAAUCCUCUGCAAGCGAUGGGCAAGUUGUUCCUAUAAGCAACCCAUAUGAUGUUGAGGAUAUUAUCUAUGCAAUAGAUGGAUUAAAACUAGGUGGAAAACAAUUAGAGGCUGCAUAUAAAGCUGGAGUGCUCACAGCUGUAACUGCACCUCUUUCUUCUAAAAGCGUAUUUACGGGAGUUUCUAUGGCAUUUAAAACUGGAGCUCGUUCUAUUUUCGAUAAUGAUUCAAUUAUUAGCGAAAAUGUUGCAUUGCAUGCACAGAUAGGCACCCCAUACAAAGAUGACCGUAUACCAACAGUCUCGGGCCAAAUUUCUUUAAUCAGGAAAACAUUAAUAAAAAACCUUGCACAUCAAAAUCUUUUCGGUCGCGUUGCACGUGGAGAUAUUCCUUUAAUUGUAAAUGUCAACAGUAAAGAUGAAAUUGCUUCUUUAAUUAGAUUGAAAAUUCAAAUUAAAAAUUAUGGGGGGAAUUUAAAGCUUGUUAUUUCAGGUG